AGCAUCAAGGUGUCAUUCUCGUCAUUCUACCAUCAUCUAUGGAAGUACCAAGCUAUACGCUCAUAAAUUAUGAAAUUACAGAGAUACCGACAACUCAAGAGCUCAGGCAGGGCUUAGAGAAAGGUAGCGAUCAGAUAAAGCUUGAUACGCUUAAGAAGAUCAUCCUACUCACUCUAAACGGUCAAUCACAGCCAGAUUUAUUAAUGCCAAUCAUACAAUCUAUCCUUCCUAAUAAGAACAAGCAUCUGAAGAAGUUGUUGCACUUUUAUUGGGAGAUCUGUCCAAAGUAUGAUGAACAGAACAAGCUCAAACAGGAAAUGAUCUUGGUUUGUAACGCUAUAAGAAAUGAUUUACAACACCCAAAUGAGUUCAUUAGAGGUUCUACUUUAAGAUUCUUACAAAAGAUCACGGACUAUGAACUCCUAGAGCCAUUAUUACCAACUGUUAGAACUUGCUUGGAGCAUAGACACUCUUACGUUAGAAAGAACGCAGUUUUCGCUAUUUGGUCUAUUUACAACAAAUUCGAAUAUUUGGUACCAGACGCAGCUGAGCUGUUACAAGCAUUUUUAGUCGCGGAAUCUGACAACAACUGUAAAAGAAAUGCUUUUGUCGCUUUAGCAAACAUUUCAACUCCAAUCGCCUUGGAAUAUUUAGAGAAUUUCAGAGAUAACCUCUUAUCGUUUGAUGAGCUGUUACAAUUGAGUUUGAUCGAAUUGAUUAGAAAUGACAAGGAUAUCAACGCCAACAGGGCUUUAUAUUUGAAUUUUAUCUCUCAAUUGUUAGAGUCAAGUCAUUACUCCGUUAAAUAUGACGCUGCUAUCACCCUGACAGUUCUUACAAACAACUCAUUAGCUGUAAAGUCCGCAGCAGCUGCUUUCAUUAACAUCAUCCUCAACGUCUCUGACAACAACGUUAAACUCAUUGUUUUGGCUAGAUUAUCAGAAAUGUUGAGCACCAAUCCAAACCUCUUGGAUACCCUUGUUUUGGACAUUUUGAACGUCUUAUCUGCCCCUGAUUUACAAGUAAAGAAGAAGGUUAUUAAAAUCAUUUUGGAAAUGAUCAACUCACGCAACGUUGAUCAAAUUGUUGAUUACUUGAAAAAUGAACUCUUGAAGACAACUUCAUCCCAAGACUUUGAGAGAAAUGUUGAAUACCGUCAAUUGCUUAUUCAAUCAAUUCACACAAUCUCUAUCAAAUACUCACAAGUUGCUUCAUCAGUUGUUGACACCUUGAUGAGAUUCUUAGGUGACUCAAACAACCCAUCAGCUGUAGAUGUUAUCUCUUUCGUCAGACAAGUCGUCGAGAAGUUCCCUUCAUUACGUCAAACAAUUAUUAAACGAUUAUUUGAAACUUUCUCUGAUGUCAAAUCUGGGAAGGUAUUUAGAGGUGCUCUCUGGAUAAUCGGUGAAUAUUGUGAGCAAACUGAUGAUAUAAAGAUGGCUUUCGAGAAGGUCAGAUUAGUUAUUGGUUCAAUACCAAUUUUGGCAGCUGAACAAAAAGCUUACGAUGAGCAAGAUUAUCAAAAUACAAACGAAGAAAAUGGACAAGAGCAGUUAAUCACAACCACAAAGGUUCUUGCUGAUGGUACAUACGCAACUGAGACUAAGGUGUCAAGCGCCGAAGAUGCAUCGAGGUUAGCUGCAGUUAAAGCAGCCAGCAAGCCACCACUUAGAGGUUUGAUUCUCAAUGGUGACUUCUACACUGCUAGUGUUCUGGCGUCAACACUCACAAAAUUGGUUAUGAGAUUGUCAACCAACCAGAAUUUGGAAGCUAAUGAACUCAAUUCGAUCAAAGCUGAAGCGAUGCUUAUAAUGACUUCUAUCAUACGAGUUGGACAGUCAAAGUUCGUUUCUACACAAAUUGAUGAAGAUAGUGCAGAGCGUAUUCUUAGUUGUGUGCAGGCAUUAGCUGACGAGGCUGCAUCAAACUCCUUCAAGGACAUUUUCCUCAAUGAUACAAAAGCAGCCUACUCAAAGAUGAUACACAUUGAAGAAGAGAAAGUCAAAGAGAAGAAUAUCAAGGAUUCAAAGGUUGUUAAAGUCCAACCAGAUGAUUUGAUUGCUUUCCGUCAAUUUAAGAAGAAGACAGUAGAUUUAGACACAAAAGAAUUCGAGUUAGAUCUCACGAGGGCGACAGGAGCUGAUGAGUUAAAGGACGAUUUCAUGUCCAAGUUGCAACGUAUUGUUCAAUUGACUGGAUUCAGUGAUACAAUUUAUGCUGAAGCCUACGUUAACAUCCACCAAUUUGAUAUCAUCCUUGACGUCUUGAUUGUCAACCAAACUGGUAACACUAUGCAGAAUCUUAACAUCGAAUUUGCAACAUUAGGUGAUUUGAAGCUCGUAGAGCGUCCAUCAACAUUAACCCUCGGUCCUCAUGCAUUCCACAACGUAAAAGCAACAGUCAAGGUUAGUUCAACUGAAACUGGUGUCAUCUUUGGUAACAUUGGCUACGAUGGACCUGGUGCUGCUGAAUCAACUAAUAUCGUACUUAACGAUAUACACGUCGAUAUUAUGGAUUAUAUCAAACCAGCUUACUGCAACGAAGCACAAUUUAGAUCGAUGUGGAGUGAAUUCGAAUGGGAGAACAAAGUACAUGUCAAUACCUCUAUAUCCGACUUGCGUCUUUAUUUGAAGCAUAUUAUGAAGUCUACCAACAUGUCUUGCCUUACUCCAGAAGCUAGCAUGAGCGGAGAAUGUGGUUUCCUCUCUGCGAAUAUGUACGCUAGAUCUGUAUUCGGUGAGGAUGCACUCGCCAAUAUCUCACUCGAAAAGAAUGAAGAAGGUGUCAACGAUGGUGUCAUACAAGGACAUGUGAGAAUUAGAUCCAAAACACAAGGUAUUGCUUUAUCCCUUGGUGACAAAAUUUCAUUAGCUCAGAAAUCACCAAUUGAGUGAAGAAAGAAUAAACUAAAAUGAUUGAAUGAUUUACUUAUGUUAAUUCAUUUUUCUUUUUCAUUUACAUUCAUGAUGUCACGUUUUGCG